AUGAUCAUCUUAAUUUAUUUAUUUGUCUUGCUGUGGGAAGAGGCUCACGGAUGGGGAUUCAAGAACGGAAUUUUUCAUAACUCCAUAUGGCUUGAACAAGCAGCAGGUGUGUACCACAGAGAAGCGAGGUCUGGCAAAUACAAGCUCACCUACGCAGAAGCCAAGGCAGUGUGUGAAUAUGAAGGUGGCCGUCUCGCCACCUACAAGCAACUAGAGGCAGCCAGAAAAAUUGGAUUUCAUGUCUGUGCUGCUGGGUGGAUGGCCAAGGGCAGAGUUGGAUAUCCCAUUGUGAAACCCGGGCCCAACUGUGGAUUUGGAAAAACUGGCAUUAUCGAUUAUGGAGUCCGUCUUAAUAGGAGUGAAAGAUGGGAUGCCUAUUGCUACAACCCACAUGCAAAAGAGUGUGGUGGUGUCUUUACAGAUCCAAAGCGAAUUUUUAAAUCUCCCGGCUUCCCAAAUGAGUAUGAUGAUAACCAGAUCUGCUACUGGCACAUUAGACUCAACUAUGGUCAGCGUAUUCACCUGAGCUUUUUGGACUUUGACCUUGAAGAUGACCCAGCUUGCUUGGCUGACUAUGUUGAAAUAUAUGACAGUUACGAUGAUGUCCAUGGCUUUGUGGGAAGAUACUGUGGAGAUGAGCUUCCAGAAGACAUCAUUAGCACAGGAAAUGUCAUGACCUUGAAGUUUCUAAGUGACGCUUCAGUGACAGCGGGAGGUUUCCAAAUCAAGUAUGCUGCUGUGGAUCCUCUAUCCAAAUCCAGUCAAGGAAAAAACACAAGUACUGCUUCUACUGGAAAUAAAAACUUUUUAGCUGGGAGAUUUAGCCAUUUAUAA